CAUUACAACACGUGUUACUGUUGAUCCUCCUGGUAAAUGAUUUAUCACACUGAUAAAUGACUCAUUCCGGAAGUGACAAGUACAAUGCGGGCUUGUGAAUAAAGUUUACUGGUCAUUCGCGUCUCACUCAGGGAGGAUGCCAGAUCUUCAGGACAUUUCCAACGCUAUAUCAGAGCUGCAGCCUGAAGCCAUCACUGAUAUUGGUGUGCUUGCAUCCAAGAAAGACCCUCCAGCAGACUACAAUGUUGUUGCACAAACAACAGAUGGCUUCGACGCCAACCUUUGGAAGGACAGCAUAUUCAAAUCCAAGGUCACGCGCUAUCUGUGUUUCAGCCGAGCCUCGAAAAAUAAGCAAUUAUGCAACGUAGUGGUGGACAUGAAGCUGAUGGACUUGAGAGAAACUCUGCCCGAGGGCUUCACUUCAAUUCAAGACACCAUGGAUAGCCAGGAACAGGCUUUGAAGAAGGAAAGGUUGUGUGUCAAGUUGGUCCCCAGACACACUACUGAUACGGCUAUAUGUGAUCUGAUCAUCCAGGGAAAAUCCAAGCAUGGUCUUGCUAACUACACAUAUAUAGGAGAGAUCAAUAGUUUGGGGAUUUGGUGUCAGUUGGGAAAAAUCACUAAGUUGAAGGACGCAGCAAACAAAACCUCGUCUGCAUCUACAAACACUUCUGAUGUUGCCAGACAAUUCCCUGUGUCUCCAGCAUCUAGUCCUACCAAAAAGAACAUCGUCAGACCGGAUUAUGAACACCACAUCCCCAACCUUUACACCAAAUCAGCCUUGGAUGAUAUACCAUUUACGAUCUCUAAAAAAUGUGUCUCCACAUCCAGAGAUGAAAUACAGCCAGUCCAUUUAAUGGGCAUUACCAUAAAAUCGCCACAAGAGAUUGAGGAGGAAGCUGUAACCCAUCUUUCAGGCUGACCUUUGAUGAAGUCGACCGUGGCCAUAAAUCCUGUGCAGAAUCCACUCACACCUUCAUGUUUCAAUCCUGUUACUACAUUUGACCAUUCAGGGGUUUAAAACCACAGCCUUUAAUAGCCAAGCAGAUGGACCUGUAAAUGGUGGCCAUGAUACAGCUACAAAUCUUUUAAGUUUAUGUGCAUAUGGUAUGAAACAUGAAAAAGUUCCUUACAGUUCUGAUGUUACAUGCUAAUGUUGUGAUUGUUACAAAUUGGGACAAAUCUCCAGAACUCAUCUUAUUUUACUUUAGCACACUCGAUAUCGAUAACAUUCACUUUUGAUUUCUCUUAAAUUCAGAUUCUUAGUAAAUUUGUCUUACAACAUGAAACAGAGAUUAACUUCUCCGCUCCAGGUCAUUAUUUAUCCGUGAUGUUACACACACAGGGAACGGAUCAGUGCUUGGACCGGUUUCAGUGCUCUGAAAGUCAGUUUUUCUCUCAUGGGAUACAUGGAGACCCCUGGGUCAGCACAUGCAGGGAGCACCGAAUGUGCUGUUAGAGAUGAGGGGGUGCUGGAUAGAUUAGAAAUGCUAGCUUUUGACAGACGCUGCACAGAUCUUCAUCUGCAGAUCCAGCCAGCUGAGAAACAUCUGGAGGGAUGCCCACUCAGAUACAGACGUUGAGAGCUGUGUUCUGAGUUUCCUUUAUAGCACGCCAAUGACCAGUGAAGUUGUGUCAUGUUUGUUGAUUUACAGUAAGUGGCUUUUUGACGU